UAAGUCAUUUGAACCUCGUUUCGUAACUUGCUAGGAAUCACACACACAAUUCACACCACUCCCUUCCAGACCACGCCCCCAAUCUUCACUUUCUCUUUUUCUCUGACACAAACACAAAUAAACUGUAACAUAUAUAAGCAUUUCGAACUCUAACCCUAACCCUAAUUUUUUCAACGAUAAUGGCGAUCGCAUCGCCCUCUGCUCCAAACUUCUCAGCCUCCUUCUGCUGUUCCCGGAACCGGCCAACUCAGUUCCUCCGGUUCUCAUCUCUCCAAUUCCGCAAAACUUGCCCUCCUACUCGGCGACUAACUAUCUCAUCUCGCCUCAAUUCGUCAACGCCUUCCAAUGGCUUUGUCUCUCCCGAUAAUGGCGAUCUACAGGACGAGCUUCAACACGGAGUCUCGAAUCACAGUAUCCGGAAAGGCUCCCCAGUUUUCGUGACUCUGCCGGUGGAUGUUUUGAGCCCUUCUUCGGGGAUGAUGAAGAGGAAAAAGGCGAUGGCAACGUCUUUUAGGGCGUUAGCAGCGGCGGGAGUCGAGGGAGUGGUGAUGGAGGUGUGGUGGGGGCUGGUGGAGAGGGAUUCGCCUAGGAUUUACAAUUGGCAGGGGUAUUUGGAGAUCGUGGCCUUGGCGAAACGGUACGGGUUGAAAGUUCGUGCUGUCAUGGCGUUUCAUCAGUGUGGAUCACAGCCUAGCGAUCCUUCCUGGAUUCCUCUUCCCCAGUGGGUGCUUAAAGAAAUCGAUAAAGAUUCAGAUUUAGCAUAUUCUGACAGGUUUGGAAGAAGAAAUAUGGAAUAUCUUUCCCUAGGAUGUGACAUUCUUCCUGUUCUGCAUGGACGAUCACCAAUCCAAGCCUACGCAGAUUUUAUGAAAAACUUUAGAAACACUUUCAGAUUAUUUCUUGGUGGCAUCAUAACUGGGAUCCAAGUUGGAAUGGGUCCUGCUGGUGAAUUAAGAUACCCUUCAUGUCCUUCUCAGAAGCUAACUAGGGCUUGGCGAUCUCGUGAACUUGGAGAGUUCCAAUGCUAUGAUAAAUAUAUGCUUGCAUCUUUGAAUGCUUGUGCCCGGGAGAUUGGAAUGCGUGAAUGGGUAAAUGGGGGCCCUAUUGGUGCUGGCAACUUGGGGCAGGAUCCAGAAAGUACUGAAUUUUUCAAAAGUGAUGGUUCUUGGAAUACACCCUACGGCGAGUUCUUCCUUGAAUGGUACUCGGGGAUGCUGCUUCUGCAUGCAGAGAGGAUAUGCCAGGAAACAGAGACCAUUUUUCGGGGUACUGAAGUUAGCACAUCAGGAAAAGUGGCUGGAAUCCACUGGCAUUAUGGCACACAAUCUCAUCCAUCUGAGUUGACAGCUGGUUAUUACAAUACUUCAAUCAGAGAUGGCUACCUACCAAUUGCUCGCAUUUUUGGAAGGUAUGGAUUUACCAUGUGUUGUAAAUGUUUUGAGAUGCAAGAUGCACAAGAACAGCAGAUGAACCCUGUCAGCAGUCCAGAAGGAUUUCUUAAACAACUUCUUCUGGCUGCACGGAUUUGUGAUAUACCCCUGGAAGGGGAAAAUUCUGCAACAGGGUUGGAUGAUGAAUCGUUCAAACAGGUGCUAAAGAUGUCAAAAUUUUACUCAGAUGGUCUAGAAAGGCCAUCCUUCUCUUUCAACUUCAAUAGAAUGGACAAAAACUUGUUUGAAUAUCAUAAUUGGGUUAGUUUUACUCGUUUUGUGAGACAAAUGGCUGAUGCCAAUAUUUUUCGAGCCAAGCUAGAUCUUGGAGGAAGUGAUAUAUGGCUGUCUUCUACACCAGCUGCUGUUAGUGGAGCAGUUCUUGCAUAUUAAAAAGAGGCUUCACUACAUUUGCAAACCCAAAUGCCGAUUUAUAUAUCUACGGCCGCCAGUAGAUGUGUGUAUCUGAUUCAGCCCGUGUUGUGCAUUCUGUACUGAUUAUUCAUUUUUGGAAAUAAUAACUUAAUGUGUUGUAUGGCAUUGCCGUCCUGAUAUUGUGAUAAUGGAUGGCUUAAUAUGUUACUGUAAAUUGCCGAAUGCUGAUAAAUUACUUUCUUGAUCUGUUACAUUCUCC